AUGUUCGACCCAGACAACCUGACAGCAGAAAUGGUGCACCAUGCUGCCAUGCACCAGACCAACAAAGUCUCCCACGACGUGUUCUACUCAUGUAACAUGUGCAAGGCAAAGUUCCGCAGUAGGGAAGGGCUGGAGAACCACAAGGAACAGAUCCACCAGAGCGAGGUCUACGGCAGGAUGAUCACUAAGGUGAGUGAGUCUUACCUGUCCUACACCCACAGCACCGGGAACGCGACCGGUAAGAUUGUGACAAAGUACUUUCACAGGUGCAACCUGUGCGGGAAGAAGUUUGACCGUCCGAGCGGAGCUCUGAGACACACCAGGGUCCACACGGGGGAGAAACCAUUCACCUGCAGGAUAUGUGGGAUGCCGUUCCAAGACAAGUCAGGUCUGAAGGCCCACACACUGAGGAAGCACCCGGAGGUGGUGUUCAACACCGCGCCUGGCUCCGAACUCAGCCCUGAAAACUACAAAACUCUCAGUCACAUCAACUCACAACUCAACAACCUGCACGGCGCCGGAGAGACCAACUUUUCCUUAGAUGAUGAUGAGCAAGCUCAGGGGUUGUCAGAGCAGCAAGAAUCUCAAGACUCCUUGCAAGCCUCCUCGAGUUUGCUGCCGAACAAAACAGAAACUCAAGACGCGGGUGUGUCUGUAAAGGAGGGUGUAGAAGACAUACAAGACAACUCCCCACACCAGUCUGAUUUGAACCUUAGUAGAGAAAAUUCUCAGGUAGACAAAAACACAGUUACCAAAAAUGGACCAGUCAAAAAAAGCUUAGACACAGCCUGCUGGCCGAAGAGAAAGAAAGGAGCAAAGAAGUUAGCCCGGGUAGCAGCAGUUCUGCUGAAUGGUGUUCCGAGGGAGGGAAUUCCGAAGGGCAGCAUUCCGGUGUUCCGUAAGGGAAAGUUGAACCUUGUGCGAGCGGAUGAUUUGAAGCCAAACGCCUGCACCAUCUGUGGGAAACGGUUCUGGUACAAGUACGACCUCAGGAGGCAUAUGACUAUGCACUCUGAUUUCCGUCCGCACAAGUGCAAGUUCUGUAAAUACCGCAGCCGGCAGUUGAACCAGCUGAAGAUUCACAUGCAGAGGCACAAGGGAGUUUUCAAGCCGUUCCGCUGUCCCGCCUGUGACUUCUCCUCCUCCACCAAACCAGAGAUGAAGGCUCAUGUCGCCAGGCACCUGACCAUCUGGACCAAUCAUAUCUGUCCAUUCUGUUACUAUGGUUUCAGAACAAACGAGGAACUCCUUGAACACCAGUCUACCAAGCAUGGCUCAGUUGAAGGCACCACACCAUCACCAAUAAGCCUGGCACCCGGAAAUCCUCAAAUGUCUGUGGCUUCAUCCUUUCAGCAGGGAACUCCUUCAUUCAUGGGCAUGAUGGGACAAAACCCUUCCUUGGUCCACAAUAUGGCAGGAAUACCUUGUUUUACACAGAACUCCACACUUCUGGGUGAGGCAGCACGGUCUGCAGACACCCUUCCACCCAAUCAUUCGCUCGCAGACAGUGCCACAGGAAAGGAAAUUGAGAACUCAGGUGGAAGAAAUUUAGAGGGUACUGGCUUGGCUCAACCUGAGGGCCUUGUAAUUCAAGAUGUCAGAAGUCUACAAGAUUCAGAGGGAGACAGAGAUUCUACCAAAGUUUUUGGUUUGUCAGAGAAAAGAACAAUGGAUGAUGAUCUUUUGACAGACGACAUAGCACCAAAGUCAGAAGAUACUACUGAUAAUAUUGUCCAAUCAGGAGUCAAAUGUUCAUAUCAAAAAGUUGUGGAAGAGUGUAAUUUAAGAGAGGGAGUUACAGGAAGCAAUGGAGCUGAUGCAAAUGUACAUCCAUCAUGUACAGACAGUAGUGACAAAGUGCAAUAUGGUAAAAGGAGAGUGACCUCUACAGAGAAUGAGUGUCCGAGUGCAAAAGCAGCCAGAAGCGAGGACACAGUGCAAAACAGUGGUGCAACGGAUAUUGCCGGAAUGAACCUCGUUUUGCAACCAACUGAUGAACUGGUCUUGUGCAACAAGUUAAUAGGUAAAAAUUCAAAACAGGACGUGGAAUUGACUCCAGGACAGCAACUGGAAUUCUGGGUAAAGAGGAAACCAGUUGCAGUCCCACAAUGCAAUGGGGAGGUUGUAGACAAAGCCACAGCGAAUUCAAAAUGCAAUGGAGCUUUAGAACUCAUCAAGCGCGAAAGGACAGACUCUGAUACCUCGGUCUUGAUAUAUGAUGACUACAGUGAUCAUGUCGAAACUCAUGUUUUUACGAAGAUAGAAAAGGUGGAAAUGAAAUGUAAAGCAUGUAAUUUUACAACUGUUGAUGACAAGAUUAUGAGAGAGCAUGUUGUCAACUGUGCUUCAUGCCAGAAUUGAACUUCCUUUAAAUUCAUCAUGAUUUAACAUUGGAUGAAUUGUUGGUGUCAGUAUUUGAUUUAAAACAAAGUGCUUCUCCACCAGUUGAUACCAUAUGAAAUUUGACAAUCGUAAAUGUGGAAAACCAAACAACUGCCUCAUUUUAUGUCUUAGGGCUGACUUGUUUUAGUUUUUAUUGU